AUGGUAACAAAAAGUAUUAUUGCUAACUUAAACAAAGAUGAGCAUAACACUCUCGAAGGCAUAAACCAUGUUCUAAGUCAACAAGAACAUGGUAACACUGCUCAACACAAAAGAGAUCUCGAAGCUUACAAAGCUUGGAAAAGGGUAGAUUCCAUUGCACGUGGAAUCAUUGUGAGUUCUAUGGUUGAUGAACUGAUUCGUGAAUGUGAGGAAUUUCCUAAUGCUUAUGCCAUGUGGGCACACUUACGAGGAACAUAUGGGGGUACUUCUGUGACCCGCCUUAGACAGUUGACUAUCAAGUUUGACACUUUCAAAAAGCGUCAUGAUAAAAGCAUCAAACAGCACCUUAGGGUGAUGUCAAACAUGAUAGUACAACUCAAGAGUGUUGGUCACGUUCUCUCGGAUGAGCAAAAGGUUCAGGGUAACUUGACCCACAAUGAAAGUAUAAAAACUUUUCCUGAUGUUGCUCGACAUGUUGAACUUGAAGACGAGCGGCUUGGUGCUGCUAAAGCUGCUUCCAAUACCUUUGUGGCUGAAUCUAGUGGUAAAAAGUCUUCAGGCUUCAAGCGUAAGAAAAAUUGGAAAAAGAAAGGAAAGGACUCAGGAUCCACCGACCACGUGAGUCGAGAUCGAGAAGAGUUUGUAGAGUUUCGUCGAGUUUCACCUGGAUCAAGUCGCAAUGGUGUAAGAAUAUCUCUAGAUAAUGUUUUAUAUGGUUUUGGACUUCGUUAUGAUCGUUUUAUCAUUUUAGAUUGUAAUCUUUCAACUUAUGACUAUUAUGUUGAUCGCUGUGUAAUGGCAUACUAUUCUAGUAACAAUGAUAUAGAUGUUAUUACAUGGCAUGCAAGAUUAGGUCACAUAGGGCAAGAUCGAAUGAAUAGGUUGGCAAAUGAAGUGCAUUUAGGUUCUUUCUCCAAAAUUGAUAUGCCAACUUGUGAAAAUUGUCUUGCUGGAAAGAUUACGCGUAAACCAUUUGGGAAGGCUAAAAGAGUUGUAUUCCCAUUUCAAUUAAUCCAUUCUGAUAUUUGCGGUCCAAUGAAUGUGAGGUCAAGGUUUGGUGCUGCAUACUUCAUUAUAUUUAUUGAUGAUUUCACUCGCUUUGGUUAUGUCUAUUUGAUUUCUCAUAAAUCUGAAGCACUUGAGUGCUUUAAAAGAUAUAUGAAUGAAGUUGAAAAUCAAUUAGAUAAAAGUAUAAAGGUUUUAAGAACCGACCGAAGACGAGAAUAUUUGUCAAAACAAUUUGAAGAAUUAUGUACUGUAAAGGGCAUUAUCAGACAGUUAACUACUCCUUAUACACCUCAACAAAAAUAG